AUAGCUAGGAACUAUCUUAGUCGUCUCUAAUUUCAUAUACCAACACAGCAUAUCUUUCAGAAUGAGUGGAAGUGGAAAAUUGCCCGAGUUAGCCACAGAUGCCGUGCUCGUCAAGUCAGCUCCAGUGCCAGAUGACUUUGUAGAAGUGAAAGGUAUUGACUAUUCCAAGGAGUCCGCCUACAAUAUGAGAGCUACCGACUUGAUAGACUCGAUGAAGACCAUGGGAUUCCAGGCUUCCUCUGUGGGACAAGCUUGCGACAUCAUCAACAGUAUGAGAUCGUGGAGAGGAAAGCACAGAGAUGAGCUUCCUGAACAUGAAGUGACAGGUGAGUUUGACGAUGAAGGAUACCAGAAGACGACUAUUUUCAUGGGUUACACAUCCAACUUGAUCUCUUCUGGUUUGAGAGACACUUUGAGAUAUUUGGUUCAGCACAAGAUGGUUUCUGCAAUCGUAGCCUCUGCUGGUGGAAUUGAAGAAGACUUGAUUAAAGUGUUAGCUCCAACGUAUAUGGGCGAAUUCAGUUUGCCUGGUAAGGGUUUGAGAGACCAGGGAAUGAACAGAAUCGGUAAUCUUUUGGUUCCCAACGAUAACUACUGUAAGUUUGAAGAAUGGAUAGUUCCAGUUUUAGACAAGUGCUUAGAGGAACAAGAGGAAGCCAUGAAGAAAUUAGGCUCUGAAGGAUUGAAUGCUGAUUCUGAUGCUGUGUGGACUCCUUCCAAGUUGAUUGACAGACUUGGUAAGGAGAUUAACGACGAAUCGUCUGUGUUGUACUGGGCUCACAAGAACAAGAUCCCCAUUUUCUGUCCUGCUCUCACUGACGGUUCCAUUGGAGACAUGUUGUUCUUCCACACUUUCAAGGCUUCUCCUCAGCAAUUGAGAUUGGACAUUGUAGCCGAUAUCAGAAAGAUCAACUCAAUGUCGAUGGCUGCUUCCCAUGCUGGUAUGAUCAUCUUGGGAGGAGGUUUGAUCAAGCACCAUAUUUGUAAUGCCUGUUUGAUGAGGAACGGGGCUGAUUUAGCUGUGUACAUCAACACCGGCCAGGAGUUCGACGGUUCUGAUGCUGGUGCCAGACCAGACGAAGCUGUCAGUUGGGGUAAGAUCAAGGCCGACGCCAAGAGUGUCAAGGUGUAUGCUGAUGUGAGUGUGGUAUUCCCAUUGAUUGUUGCAGCCACCUUUGCAGCCGAGAAGCCUAAGAAUUGA